CGCGGCACCGUCAGUUCCUCGUCGGCUCUGAAGCACUCAGGGCACCGCAAGCUUUCGUUCUGCAAAAGAUCGCGCCAGACGCUUUGAAACUUUUGCCGGUGCUUCUACUUGUAAUAUUUUUAUUCGAAGACGACAGGCGAACUUCGAAGAACUUGAGAGAGCGAAUUUCACCCACAAUACCAAGAUGUGGCUGACGCAAGUCCUGGCAUUGGUCCUGGCGCUUUUCCUGACAGCCGAAGCGUCAACGACUGUUCUUCCCCGCCCUCCAAAUUACAUGCAUUUGCCGAUCAACUUUGAAGAAACCACCCCUUCCUACGUAAUUGGCGUGCCAGUCAACGGACUGGAACUGACCGCCGCCACCCCCAGCCACCAACCGAGGCAGAUUCCUCCCCCGCCCGCCCCCAGACACACUAGGAUGACCACCCCAGGGUACCAGGUGGCGCCGCCGCACUUCCGGCUCCUCUGGGCCGAGCUUGACGACAACAUCCCGCAACACACCCCUCAACCCUUCCUGCAACCGACGCAACCGUUCCGUCGCUUCCACGUGUGAAGACACAAAAAGUGGCUGAAGAAACAGACUUUAUGCCUUUAAUUUAUCACAGACCCACCACGUGUUUAAUUACCCAGUGCACCGCUCUAGUGAAUUUAACAUAUUUUUAACCCUUAAAUUUUUAUCUGACUGCAACGAAUUCUGUAUUUUUCUAUAGUGAGUGAAAUCUAUUGUGAAUGGUUAUGAAUGGAUAGAUCUUAGUUUUAAGUUUCGUAGUUUGUAAAUUGACAGCUCCUUGAGUAAUAAAUUCCUGGCUGAGAUGUAAAUAGCUCAAUUGUUACUAGAAAACUUCAUAAAAUUAAACUCCCAUGUUAUAUCCUGAAUGAUUUCAAUGACUUUAUGAUUAAAAUUUUAAAAUCAAGGGUGGAGCUAUUUAUUAGCUUUUAAAGUAUCUGCUGGAGCACAAUAAAUUUUUGCAUUGAAUCGUCCUAAAAUUUGGAAUUUUUUAUGCUAAAAGAUCUUUUAAAAUUAUAAGCAAGAUACAAUUUGUUUUAAUCUGUUGCAAUCAAUCAGGAUCUUAUUUAGGGAAUUUUUAUUUUCUGAAACGUUUUCCAACCCCAUAAAUCCUGAAAAUUGGGUUCGAAUUUUAUUUUUAUAAAUUGUCCUACCUGCUCAGCUUUCAGGGUGAGCUCGAUGAAGAUCUGCUGGAGCUUCUCAUUGACGAAGUUGAUGCAGAAUUGUUCAAAUCCGUUGCACUCAAAGAUCUCGAACCCAUAAAUGUCCAAAAUCCCAGUGUUAUUGCUGACAAUGUUGGUAACCAUUGCGCUGUUGACGCUCUGCAAUCAAGAGUGGAGCAUGACUGUGAUUGCAAAUAAAAGCACAAGAAAAAGCAUUUGUC